CGCCUAUAAAUAUCACAAGAACUGGCGCUCAUUCUUGAAUUAAGCCUCAGUAUAUUGCGUGAAUACGAAAUGGAAGAGGACAGAGGAGAGAGUUCAAGCUUCGUGAUCGGUCUCAUCGAAAAUAGAGCUAAAGAGGUUGGAUUGGCUGCUUUCGAUUUGAGGUCUGCUUCAUUGCAUCUUUCUCAAUAUAUUGAAACUAGCAAUUCAUACCAGAAUACGAAAACUUUGCUGCAUUUCUAUGAUCCUUCGGUGAUCAUUGCUCCUCCGAACAAAUUGGCACCUGAUGGUAUGGCUGGAAUAUCAGAUUUGGUGGAUCGAUUUUAUGCUUCAGUUAAGAAUGUUAUAAUGGGUCGUGGCUGCUUUGACGACACCAAGGGCGCUGUGCUUGUUAAAAACUUAGCAGCCAAGAAGCCUUCAGCACUUGGUUUGGACACUUACUAUAAGCAAUAUUAUCUCUGCUUAGCCGCUGCUGCAGCUACGAUCAAGUGGAUAGAAGCAGAGAAAGGCGUCAUUGUCACAAACCACUCAUUGUCGGUUACUUUGAAUGGAUCAUUUGAUCACAUGAACAUUGAUGCUACUAGUGUCCAGAAUUUAGAAAUAAUUGAACCACUUCAUUCUACUAUUUGGGGCACAAGCAGCAAAAAGAGAAGUUUGUUUCACAUGCUCAGGACAACAAAAACUGUUGGCGGGAGUAGACUUCUUCGCGCCAAUCUACUACAACCUUUAAGAGAUAUUGAGACUAUCAACACUCGUCUGGAUUCCUUGGAUGAGCUUAUGAGCAACGAGCAGCUUUUCUUUGGACUCUCUCAGGUUCUGCGGAAGUUCCCAAAAGAAACUGAUAGAGUCCUUUGUCAUUUCUGCUUCAAGCCAAAAAAGGUCACAAAUGAGGUGUUGGGUUUUGAUAAUACCAGAAAGAGCCAAAUGUUAAUAUCAAGCAUUAUUCUACUCAAAACUGCUUUGGAUGCCUUGCCUUUUGUGGCAAAGGUGCUCAAGGAUGCAAAGAGCUUUCUCCUCACAAAUAUUUACAAAUCUGUAUCUGAAAAUGAGAAAUAUGCUUCAAUUAGAAAGAGGAUUGGCGAAGUGAUUGAUGAUGAUGUGCUUCAUGCACGAGUUCCUUUUGUUGCCCGUACGCAGCAGUGUUUUGCUGUCAAGGCUGGAAUAGAUGGACUUUUGGAUAUUUCACGAAGAACAUUUUGUGAUACCAGUGAAGCGAUACAUAAUCUUGCAAACAAGUACCGUGAGGAAUUCCAGUUGCCAAAUCUGAAACUUCCUUUUAACAACAGACAAGGCUUCUAUUUUAGUAUUCCACAGAAAGAUAUUAAGGGAAAGCUUCCCAGUGAGUUUAUUCAGGUCGUGAAACAUGGAAAUAAUAUACGUUGCUCAACUUUGGAACUUUCUUCUCUAAAUGUUAGAAAUAAGUUUGCUGCUGGAGAAUGCUAUAUCCGAACAGAAGUUUGUUUAGAAGCACUAAUAGAUGCUGUAAGGGAAGAUGUCUCUGCACUCACAUUGCUUGCAGAGGUCUUAUGUCUGUUAGAUAUGAUUGUCAAUUCAUUUGCUCAUAGUAUAUCUACCAAGCCUGUUGACCGAUAUACUAGGCCAGAAUUUACAGAGAAUGGUCCAUUGGCAAUUGAUGCUGGAAGGCACCCUAUCCUAGAAUGCAUGCACAAUGACUUCAUUCCCAAUAAUAUCUUUGUUUCAGAAGCAUCAAAUAUGCUGAUUGUCACAGGCCCAAACAUGAGUGGAAAAAGCACUUAUCUCCAGCAAGUAUGUCUUAUAGUUAUUCUUGCCCAGAUUGGCUGUUAUGUUCCAGCUCGCUUCUCUACCAUAAGGGUGGUCGAUCGUAUAUUUACAAGGAUGGGAACAGCAGAUAACCUUGAGUCAAACUCUAGUACGGGUGAGAUUGCAGCCAUAUGGGAAAUCAAUGUUAUUGCCACCUCUAAAGGCAAUUUCCAAGAUUUUCUUGUUGAGUGGAAAGGUCAUCCCAAGUCUGCUCUUGUUUGGAUCGGUGAAGAAUAUGGAUUGCCAAUGGACAAAUAUACAGUUGGUAGGCGUUAUAGAAGUUCCAAGCUUUUUCUUUCCCAUAUUAUUCUCCCAAAAAUCUUGAAUUUAUUGUCGAAGGAAACAAGUAAAGUUGUCCUUUUGGCUUCUCUUAUGUUCGUCAGGUACACUAUAUUUGCCACUCAUAUGGAGAACAUAUCAGAAUUAGCAACCAUCUACCCAAAUGUGAAAAUUCUUCAUUUUUAUGUUGACAUAAGAAACAAUCGUUUGGAUUUCAAGUUUCAUCUCAGAAACGGACCAAGGCAUGUACCAAAUUAUGGCCUUCUAUUAGCAGAGAUGGCAGGACUGCCAGACUCUGUGAUUGAAACGGCCAAGAGCAUCACCUCAAGGAUCUCAGAAAAGGAAAGAAAACGAAUGGAGGUAAAUUGCCAGCAGUACCAUGAACUACAGAUGGUUUAUAAAGUUGCUCAAUGCUUGAUAUGCUUAAAAUACUCCAAUAAAGAUGAAGAUUCAAUCCGACAAGCACUGCAAAAUCUUAAAGACAGCUAUAUUGAAGGAAGCCUUGAGAGUUAGAUUCCACAGCAGUUAAUUUUGAGGCACCUUCAUUGCUUGAUUUUUGUAUUAACUUUGGAACAUUCAUCCUAAUUUUUGUAUUACUACAGUGAAACAUAAGUGGCGAUCAGGGUAGCAGAUGAGCUUAGUAUUUCUUGAAUGUCCGAAACUACAAAUCCUUACAAAUCUCAACUGGCUAAACUUACUGACGCUGAUUGAGCUGUAACAGAAUUGUAGUUAAACUAAUAGAAUUAAAUUUUGAGGCAUUGUCCUGCUUGAAUGCUCA